UUCUUUUCUUCUUCUUCUUCUUCUUCUUCUUCUUAUUCUUAUUCUUAUUCUCUUCAAAAUCAAAUUUCAACAAAAAAAAAAACUCAUAGAAUCAUUUCCACAAACACUUCACGCGCCACUUUUCACUCUCCAAAUCCAAACCAAAAAAACUUCACGCGCCACCGCCAUCUCUAUGAAUCAACCUCCCCAUGGGCGGAGUAACUUCCUCAAUAGCUGCAAAGUUCGCUUUCUUCCCACCACAACCACCAUCCUACACACUCACCGUUUCUGAAUCCACCGCCACCACCGCCGCAGCAAACGGUACUUCACCUGCGACGAAGCUUUUGAUUCCGGAAGUUCCGAUGAAGGAGAACGUGGAUGUAGUGAAGGUGAAAACAAGAAGAGGGAAUGAAAUCGCGGCGGUGUAUGUUAAGUAUCAUAGACCUGCAUGUACCAUGCUUUAUUCUCAUGGAAAUGCUGCUGAUUUGGGUCAGAUGUUUGAAUUGUUUGUUGAAUUGAGUAAUCGACUCAGAAUUAAUGUUAUGGGUUAUGAUUACUCUGGUUAUGGACAGUCGACAGGGAAGCCAACUGAAUAUAAUACAUACGCAGAUAUUGAAGCUGCAUAUAAAUGCCUGAAGGAACAAUACGGGGUGAAAGACGAACAAUUGAUAUUGUAUGGUCAAUCUGUUGGCAGCGGUCCCACACUUGACCUUGCUUCAAGGAUAUCAGAAUUGAGAGGUGUUGUGUUGCAUAGUCCAAUUUUGUCAGGGUUGAGAGUACUAUACCCUGUAAAACGGACAUAUUGGUUUGAUAUUUAUAAGAAUAUUGAUAAAAUUGGCAUGGUCAAAUGUCCUGUUUUGGUUAUCCAUGGUACAGCAGAUGAAGUUGUAGAUGUGUCCCAUGGAAAACAGCUAUGGGAACUUUGCAAGGUAAAGUAUGAACCCUUGUGGGUAAGUGGUGGCGGACAUUGUAAUCUCGAGCUUUACCCAGAGUUCAUUAAACACCUAAAGAAAUUUGUACAGACACUUGGAAAACCUAAACCAACUACUGCAAAUGGUUCUGAAAAGGAAGCUGUGGUUGAAACUGAGAAUCAAAGCAACAAAGCAAGCAAAGAAUCAGAAACUGGAACUUCUAGUACUUCUGAAUUGAGUACAGAAAUUCCUGAAGCUUCCAGAAACAGUUUAGAUAGCCGUCUUAAAAAGUCUAAAAAACCAGACAAACCAGAGAAAUCUCGAAUGAGCACAGAUCAUGUUGAUAGGUUUAGGAGAAGAAAGGGGUUAGUUUGGUAGUCUCUCAGAUGAAUAAUUUAUCUGCUCUUAUCCACUAUUCCACAGAUCCAGCUCCCUUGCGGUCGAGAUUCCCCGCAUUCACGCAGUCAGAACAUCGGUGGUUGUACGACCAAGAUCGGACAGUCCAAAUUUAACCUUGGUAUUUUAAAUUAUAAAGUAAAAUUAAAACUUGCAUUUUUUUAACCGUCCGAUUUUGAUCGAACGACCACUAUUGUUACCGACCGCGUGGAUGCGGGGUUCCCGACUCCAGCUCCUCGUGUAAUGAUGCCUGUUGUAAGAUGAAUAUAUUGAGUGAGUUAUCUGUAUGUUAAAUGAUAUAAAGCAAUAUGCAUUUGUAUGGCCUGUAAAAUCAACAUCUUGAUCUAGUAAAUGCAACCAUGUAAUUUGUUUCGGUAGAUUCCAA